AUGUUGAGGAGUACUCUGUUUGGAGGACCGCCGCAAGACCCUGCCGAGGUCGCGGCCGCACAAGCCCGUUCGCAACUCCAGCAGGCUGACGCGAGGCUCGAAGCAGCUGAAGCGUCCGCUGCCAGCGAAAAUGAGCAGCUGCGAGACCUUGUGGAGAACCGCUUUGCAAGACGACGAGAAGCGUUCGCGCGUCUGGGUUCGGAAGUCCACAGAGGAGCCGCUGCCUUGGAAGAAAACGCACAGGAGUUGCAGCGGCGAGUGGGAAUAGCUGCUCGCACAAAAGAAAAACUCGCUGUCGCCCUCGAUCGUGCUUCCUGGACACUGGGUGUGGCGGAGGCACAUGCAACGGAAAUGGAAAAGAGGUUGAAGACUGCUAAGGAGCAAACUGAAUCACCUGCUCCGACUCAGACACAAAUGAAUUAGAAAUACUUAGAUGAUAGUGGUGGUUGUAGUACAGUUGUACACUGAUCAUCUAGGUCUUCUUUUUUUUGCCCUGAUAUCAAA